AUGUUGCUCGAUGGCCGCCAGCCGCUCGAGUUGGAGGCCGAGAUUAAGGAGGACGGCAAGCUGCACGUCACGGUGAGGCGCUCGAACGCCUCCAGAUCGGAUAUCUUUUCGCGGAGGUCGCAGGGAGUACUUUCGUCCAACACCCUACGUCCCUCCAAUUUGACGAAUGCCGAGAUUUACUCUCUGCAGUCCUCCAGGAAUCCGACCCCCCGCGGGUCCAGCUUUAAUCACACCGACUUCUACUCGAUGAUGGCGGCGGGUCGAAGCUCCAAUUUUGGGGCCAAUGAUGUGUAUGGUAUGUCGGCGAAAUCGAGCUUUAGAACUUGA